AUGGACCCGAGCGCAGUUCCAGAUUUUGACGAUUUGCCCAAAGUCGAUGGACAGCCUCAGGGUUGUGCAUGGGGUGUCUUUGACAAGGACGGCAAGAAGGAUGUCUUUGGGACCCUGAACUUCCUCACUCCCCAAAUCGUGGCCGCCGCCGCCGCAGAGGUCAAGGAUGGAGUCUCCAUCUCUCUCAACUGGCCAUUGAACGGCCUCAAGGUCCCCUUUCCCUACCGAAAAGCCCCUGUGCACCGCCCGAAACGCCUGCGGGACCUCGGCAUGGACGCCGAAGGCUGGGACGACGAGCUCGAGAUCAACACGCAGUACAGCAGCCAGUGGGACAGCCUCUGCCACGUCACCAAGGACGGCGCCACCUACAACGGCCACAAGCCGACGCAGGAAGGUCUCGAAGCCACAUCCACCGCCGCCAACACCCUGCCGACCAUCGACCACUGGCACUCGCGCGGCGCCGUGGUGGGGCGCGGCGUGCUCAUCGACUUCAAGCGCUACUACGAGGAGACGACGGGCAAGCCGUACCACCCGCUGAACGGGUACCGCAUCACGGUCGAGGAUCUUGAGAAGGUCGCUAAGCACCAGGGCGUCGAGUUCAGGCACGGCGACAUCCUGAUCGUCCGCACGGGCUACACCGAGAUCCUCGAGGCGCCCAAGCCCGAGGACAUGGCCAAGUUCGCCGCGGGGACGCUGUCCGGCGUGCACGGGUCCGUCGAAACGGCGCGCUGGGUGUGGAACCACCGGCUCGCGGCCGUGGCCGGCGACGCGCACGGAUUUGAGGCGCUCCCGCCCGUCAAUCCUGACGGAACGCCCGCUGCGAUGACGGAAUUGGUCUUGCAUUCCUGGUUCCUCAACCAGUUCGGCAUGCCCAUCGGCGAGCUCUGGGACCUCAAAGAGCUGGGCGAGUACGCCAAGAAAACGGGCAAGUACAGCUUCCUGUUGACGUCGGUGCCGUUGAACCAUCCCGGUCUGGUUGCGUCACCGCCAAAUGCGGUUGCCAUAUUUUAGGGAACCUAAGUUGUAGCUCUUCUCUAGCCUUCAAAGGUGUUUCUGGUUAGCGUCAGGCAUACCAGAAAGCCGCGGAGAGGGAGGUCGGUCUGCCACUGAAGUGGGGGGAACAGCUCGGAGUGGACGGCCUGGGCGGAAGGGGGCAAGGGGCAGGUCGGUUGCACUUACAUUGUUUUCAUUGGCCAUCUACACAUAUGUAAACAGAGUUCAAUGAACGCAUUUACCACCAC